ACAUACAUUCUGUCCUCUUCAACUUCUAGCUCAUCUCAAUACAACUGUACCAUUAACUCCUGUUCUUGCGACUUCUUUAUAAAAUUCUGUUUGCCUUGUCGACACAUCUUUGCUCUUAGGUCUGAACUGUGUCUACCUCUCUAUCACUGUGGUAAUGAACGCUUUAAAAGCACUUCUGCUGUCUGUCCAUCUCUUAGCUCCAAUGAUCACCAUAACAUAACGCAUGAAGUAUUGCCCACAAGAAAAGCCAGCAAUCCUGAAUCUCGUUACCACAUAACAAAAGGAAUCACAAAGGCUAUUGAGUCUUUCUUACCUCUGUUGGGAGAACAGGCUUUCCAAUCUGCUGUAUCUCACCUUGAAAGAGUUUUAACUCUAAUUAAAGCUGACCGACCUGUAGCGGUCAUUGAUCUUUCGCAAGGAGAUAUAACUCAGCCUCAAACUGAAAACCUUCAUGCAGGUGUCACUGCAUCUUCACCACCACCCUCUGUCUCUUCUGAUAGUAUUGAUGUUGUUGUCCUGCCA